ACCACCGCCUGGAGGUAAAGACGCACAGGAGUAAAUCUGCUGUUGUGUUGGAAACCAAGACGAAGCCUCACACUCAGUAUCCCUCUAAGGAGUUGCGUUAACUCUACCACAGACCGACUUGUCGCUCUCCAAGCCACUUCUUCUUCUACCUUCCCGUCUUCCUGUGCAACCGUUGCGCGUCUCCACUUGGAAUAGAAAUAACUUGAUCACUGCGCGCCGCAGAGCGCACAGGAACCGAUGCUUACAUUAUAAAAAGUGGGAGAGCAACUCUCCUCUGGACUGCAGUGCGAUGAGGAAAUUCUAAAGUAGCGCUUUUGGCUGUUACCAGAGGCUAAGCCCAUGUGCAGGUAUCUCUUUGAGUGUGAUUCUGUUUUCACCCAGAUCUCUGCUGCCUGGACAAAUGCAUACAAAUGCAUUUAGGAGCUCAACGGACAAGGAGUGGACACGUUUCCGCGGCAGCGACGUGGAACUUUCUCCUGCUCCUGUCAGUAUGCUCAGCAGUACUCUCUGGAGAAGAAGACUACAUAGCUCAAGGAGUGGAUAUCCUCUUUCAGUUGGGGCUAACAUCUCAAAGCAGCACAGACAAUCUCUACGAGAGGACAACAUCAUCUCCCACCAUUUCCACCAAAGUUCCCUCAGUUUUGAAUGUCCCAGUUCCUGGAUAUGGAGUGUUAUUCAACUCACACUCCCUCUAUGAAGUUCCAGCAAGCAGUCUGUUCCCUUCAGAGUUUGGUGAUGAGUUUGCUGUUGUGAUUAGCCUAAGCUCCUGGAGAGCUAACAAUGCUUUUCUCUUUAGUGUUAAAGAUAGCAGGGACAGACUGCGUUUUGGCAUUCAGCUGCUACCACACAGAAUAGUGGUUUACACUGCUGAGAAAGCCUCAAUCUACUUUACCUACAACUGGCAAGAUGGGCGCCAGCAUCCAUUUGCAGUUGGUGUUCGUGCACGGUCAGUUUCCUUUUAUGCAGAUUGUGGAGCAGUGCAGCAGCAAGAGCAGACCCUGGGGAGAUCUCAAACACUGGGGGAAUCUGGGGGCCUCUUCACUCUGGGGAGGAUGAACUCAAAGGCAGCCCCAUUUAUUGGUCGAGUCUGCCAACUAGAUAUCUAUCCCUCGGCCCAAGCUGCUGCACACUACUGCAACUACCUUAAAAAACAGUGCUGGCUGGCCGACACUUACCGAUUGCCUUUGCCACAUCCUGGUGAGGAUAUUACGGCAAACGACCCCACUUCUAAUCCUUUUACAAAGUCCCCUCUUGGUGAGCUACCUACCCAGCAUACCUUUGUCAAAGUUACAGCUGCUGAUAAUCUGUCCCCAAGUAGUUUGGGCGCACAACAUUCAACUCUGAGCCCUUCAAUGCAACCACAUCUGCAGGAACAAAACCACAUUUCUACAAUGGAUCCUUUAGCCCACCCCAACACAUUUUCACUUCAGUCCGUCAGACCUACUGCUCCAAGUAGACAAGCAGAUUUUGAUCUUUCCCAUAGCAGAACUGUCACCACAACCCAAAGUGUGUUGGCAAAAGGCAGAAGGCCCCAGGGGGAUGCAGAUCACUCUGAAAACAGCACAGAGGAAGAAAGUAGCUUUGAGAGCCAGCAGACUCCAGAUACCUCCCCAGGUCUGAUUUCCCCAGUCAGGCAAAGUCGAGUAAAGGAAGGACUCAGGAACAACCCUAUCACCAGCUCUGAAGAUUCAGGCGUCAGGUCUCAACAGACUCAUCACAUCCCGGAAACUCAUCCAAGAGCCAACACCACUUUGUACAGGGAGAACCAGGUGGAUACUUCACCGCAUGACAUGGAUGGCAGCUAUGAUGAUUUAGACAUGGGAGGAUAUGAUUAUGGAUAUGAUGGGUCAGACUUCUUCUAUGACUAUGAAGAUGGUUUACGUGGACCUAAAGGAGAGCCAGGUUCUCCGGGUCCUCCUGGUCCCCCUGGUUUACCUGGUCCUCCUGGAAAGAGAGGUUCAAGGGGCCUCCCUGGUCCACAUGGAAACCCAGGAACACCUGGACCACCUGGGCCUAAGGGUUCAAAGGGAGAUCCUGGACUGUCUCCAGGCCAGGCUCCACCUGGCAAGAAGGGUGACAGAGGUCCACCUGGUCUCACAGGACUGGAUGGAUUUCCAGGCCCAUUGGGUCCCAAAGGUUAUCCAGGUCUACCUGGACCACCAGGGGAACAAGGCAUACCAGGACCUCCUGGGGAAGCUGGAGCUGCAGGUUACCCUGGCAGGCAGGGCUUAGCUGGGCCACAAGGUAGCCCUGGACCUAAAGGUGUCAAUGGUUUCAUUGGGCCUCCUGGAGUUGCUGGGCCACCGGGGCUGGAGGGGGAGAAAGGCAUCACUGGUCCUGUUGGAAAACCUGGCCCCAAAGGAAGACAUGGGGUGAUGGGUGAUGUAGGAGAGAGGGGCCCUCCUGGGCCUGAUGGCAAAGAGGGUCCUGCUGGUGGGAUUGGCAUUAGUGGCUUUCCAGGUUUAAGGGGGGACGUAGGGCCUGAGGGACCACGAGGACUGCCUGGUAUGGCGGGACCUCAGGGCCCAGCAGGACGAGCCGGGUUGCCUGGAUUGAAAGGUGAUAAGGGUGAAGUGGGACAAAGGGGCGAACCAGGAGAGAUGGGAUACCAAGGUGAUAAGGGUGCUGCUGGUGCACCUGGUCCCCCUGGGCCCAGAGGAAAGCCAGGACCACCGGGUAAGAUUGGAGAAAUUGGGCCACAAGGACUACCUGGGCCUCCAGGACCAGAGGGUUUUCCUGGGGAUAUUGGAGUGCCAGGACCAAAUGGCCCACCUGGACUAAAGGGUUUGCAGGGUGCACGAGGGCCUCAAGGCCCGCCAGGGCCAAAAGGCAUACAGGGUGAUGAGGGAGUACUGGGCCCACUCGGCAUUUCUGGCCCUACUGGGAGACCUGGAAGGAAAGGCCACAUUGGUGAACCUGGCCCUGAGGGUUUAAAGGGGGAGAAAGGGGACAUAGGAAAUGUUGGAAAAAUUGGACCACAGGGUCCAGUAGGCCUAAUUGGGAUAGCUGGGGUGAUAGGAGUUCCUGGUGAAAAGGGUGACCGGGGACCACCAGGUCCAACAGGUCCAGUUGGAGAGAAGGGACCAGCGGGCUAUCCAGGGUUACCAGGAAGUCCAGGAGACAUCGGCAUGCAAGGUGCACCCGGUCUGCAAGGACAAAGGGGCAGUCCAGGCAUUGCUGGUCCAAAAGGUAGAAGGGGGCCCCGGGGUCCAGAUGGUGCACUGGGAGAACCCGGUCCUGAAGGCAUCAAGGGUGAAAAGGGUGAGGUUGGACAAAAAGGAGAACCAGGAUUUAUAGGCAAAGCUGGGAGUCCAGGAGAGAGAGGCCCUCCUGGAAAGCCUGGUAAACCAGGGUUUCCAGGGAGCACAGGGGAGAAAGGGCCCCAUGGUGAACCAGGACCCAAAGGACCUCCUGGAGAGGCUGGACCUGAUGGAGAACAAGGGCCUGAAGGUGUUCCAGGUGUUGAGGGAGAAUUGGGUGCUGUUGGAGAGCCAGGGUUAAAGGGUGAUGUUGGGCCUCCAGGAAAUGAAGGGGAACAGGGGCAAGAGGGAAUUAGAGGUCCUCCUGGUCCACCUGGUGAAGAUGGCCCUCAAGGGAAAGAUGGAGCCAAGGGUGAGCCUGGUGAUUCUGGGCCAGCUGGGGAGCCAGGGGACAAAGGGACAGAAGGAGACCCUGGACCCCAAGGUCCAUACGGAUUACCUGGGAAGCAGGGUUUUCGUGGACCAGAAGGAAAACUGGGUCCCCCAGGAAACAGAGGACGGCACGGAAAGAAAGGAGAGAAAGGUCCCCCAGGCAUUGCUGGGGAGAUUGGCCCUCGCGGAGACAUUGGGCUGCCUGGCAAGCCGGGACUGAAAGGUGCCAGAGGAACUCGAGGCACACCUGGUCAGCCUGGAGUUAUGGGAAUAGAAGGGCAACCCGGACUGCCAGGAUACCCAGGACACCCUGGCAAGCCUGGGCCCAUUGGGCCGCCAGGGCCCAAAGGUGAAAAGGGUUAUCCAGGCGAGGACAAUAAAACCCCAGGACUACCAGGGCCCUUAGGUGAACCAGGGCCUCCAGGGGAACAAGGAGAACGCGGAGAGCCAGGAGAUGAAGGAUAUCAGGGCCAUAUUGGUACUACUGGAUCUCGUGGGCCACUUGGACCCCAAGGGCCACCGGGGUCACCUGGCCGCCCUGGAGAAACAGGCCAAAAAGGAGAAAAGGGAGCCCCAGGUUUAGCUGGAAAGAAAGGAGCGAGGGGUCUGAGCGGAGCUCCCGGCAGUGAAGGCCCAACUGGUUUACCAGGAGUGAGAGGCUUAAUGGGUUAUCCAGGACCUGAUGGUCCCCCGGGACUCUCUGGAUUAUCAGGACUACCAGGAAAACAAGGACGACAGGGUCAAAGAGGCUUACUGGGACAAGAGGGACCUGUUGGGCGCCCUGGUCCUAGAGGAGAAAUUGGACUUCCUGGACAACCUGGAGAAAAAGGACCAUCUGGUCAGAAGGGAGAGCCUGGCCUGCCAGGAGACAGGGGACCCACUGGAUUCAAAGGUAUGGAGGGGGCCACGGGUGACCAGGGCAGGAAAGGCGAUCCAGGACCCAAAGGACAACCAGGUGAACCUGGAAAUUUAGGAAUGGUUGGUUUGGAAGGCUUUCCAGGGCCAAAGGGGCCAACAGGUGAUUUGGGACUAAGAGGCUUCCCUGGCCCUAAAGGACCUGUAGGUACUCUGGGGUUUACUGGACCUGUAGGCCCAGAAGGAAUGAUUGGCCCAAUAGGAAAACCUGGGCAAAGAGGUUCAAAAGGAAGCAAUGGUGAAAUGGGGCCUCAAGGACCACAAGGAAAUCCAGGACCCAGAGGACCCCCUGGUGCUCCUGGUGCAACGAGGCAGAUUUAUGAUGACUUAGCUGUCUACAGUCUGUCUGACACCAAUGCUGACCUCAGGACAGAGAGUUUCCAGAACAUGGAGAAGGACCUACCGGAUGAGAAUACAGAGAUUAUUAAGACUCUCCGCUACCUGAGCAGUGUGAUUGAAAGCAUCAAAAAGCCUCUUGGCACAAGGGAAAACCCAGCUCGUGUCUGUAAAGACUUGCUUGAUUGUCAACACCAGCUCAAAGAUGAUUGGUUCUGGAUUGAUCCUAACCUGGGCUGUUCCUCGGAUGCUUUCAAGGUCUUUUGCAACUUUACUGCAGGGGGACAGACUUGUUUACAUCCAGUGGCCCCCAACAAGUUGUUGUUUGGUGUAGGAAAAGUCCAAAUGAAGUUUCUUCAUUUGCUGAGCUCUGAGGCGAGCCAGAGUAUCACGCUUCACUGCCGAAAUGAUCCAUCCUUCAACACUGAGGAGAACUUCAACGUCACUAGACCCAUACAUAGAGAGAACAUCGGACUUCGGUUUCGUGGCUGGAACAAACAGAUAUUUGAGAAAGACACACCACUUGAACCCCAUGUGCUACAAGACGAGUGCAAGAUCCAAGAUGGCAGCUGGCACCAGUCUCAUUUCUUCUUCCACACUCAGGACAGUCGUCAGCUACCUAUUGUAGACAUGCAAGAAUUCCCCUUUUCUGAACUCAGUAUUCAGCAGCACAUAGAAACUGGACCUGUCUGCUUUCUCUGAUGCAAGGUCAUCUUGCAACUGCACGCUUAAACCACUCACAUCGACAGAUAUUGGACCCAGGCCUUAUACCAAAGAGAUGCGUCCAUAUCUAAACACAGGGUGGAUUCAAGUUUGUUAUCUUUUAGGUUAGGGUGGGACUGUGAGAGUAGCAAAUUCUCAAUGUUCACAUACAGGCAGCCCUACAUGGAAGAACUCAAUCUCUGUGGAACAUUCAGAACAAGAAGGCCAAAAGAGAACAGUGCGUACAGAUAUUUAGAAAUUAAAUGUGUAACGUAUGGUUUGUUUUAUUUUUUGUGUGUGGUGUUUAGUUUCACUACAUAUUGGACCCAUAGUAACCCCUCAUCACAGGGUAGGGCCUCACAACACACCAAACCCCAAAACUCACUCCUUUUCACCUCUUCCCCUACACAUACGCUGACCAUCCUAAGCAGGGGCCCAACCCGAAGGACCGUGCCAGGCCUCUGCACGGGGCACUGUCUAAAGAAACCUUUAUAUGAGUGCAAUAGCAUUUGGAUAUUGUGUGACUGCUUAAACGUGUAGUAUAUUUAAUCAGAGGCUAUAUUUAACAUUAAUAUUUUUGUCUUUGGUCUAGCCCAUUUGGACCAGUACAUUUUGAUAGAUGGUGCUCUACCUCUACCUGGUUAUUUGCUUUCUAGAAUAGUUGCUAAUGUCACAUUAGCAUCAUUUUUUGACUGUGUGUUGUAUGUACCGGUUACAUCAAGAUUUGUUAUGUUCUGUGAGUACUUAUGUUAAUUUGGUCAUUUCUAAUUUAUGAACCAAUAUUUGUUACACUACAUGUUUUUGUAGCUUUUCCCUCUAUGUGGUAGGUUCCCAAACCUAUCAUUGGUGCUGCAACAAAGAAUACGUCAUCGAUAUUUCCUUUGUAUAUAUUGACAACAUAUUGUAUGUUUAUUUAUAACCUUUUUUUCACUUACAUUACUGUACCACAGUAAGUUUUACUCUCAGAGAACUUUGGCCAAUGACAACUCAGUCUAAUUAAUAUUUAUGUUUAAAAAUGUGUUUGUGACAACACACCUGUGACUGUUUAUUGUACAGCUCUUUUCAAUUCAUUCAGAUGUGGUUCAUUCACUGGCAGCUGCCGUAGGCCAGUCAGAAAACGCAGAAAACAGUCAUUAUAUUCUUAAGUUAUAUUAUCAACAAAGUGUUAUUCUAUAAAGUUUUAAAGGUUUUGAGGACAACAUUGGAUGCAAAUGUGUAAAUACAAAAAUUUUACAGACAAAUAAAUUGAAUAUUUUA